GGAUCUACUCCAUAUAUUCAACUAACUUUCCCCCACAAUAUCACACACACUGACACACAGUUUAUCCAGCUGAGUAUCCAAUUCCAAGUUGCAAUAUUAUAAAUAUCCAAGUGCUGCCCCAUCUGCAUGACUCCAUUUAAAGAUUUGUGGAUGCAUUAACAUAGAUACUGAUAGAUUUAGUUUCUGUCUUCUCUCUCUCUCUCUCCAGAAUGGGAGAGCCGUUCUUGUGUAUAUGUAUUUGUGUGUAUUCUUUUCUCCUUUUCUUGUUCUAAUUGUUUCUCUUUUUAUUCUCCUUCUUCUGCUGAGUCAUGCUGAGUCAUUCCUGAUUUUCCUCUUUUCAAUCCACAUGGGUAUAUCUAUUAUGUUAGGGUAGGUGACUGGCUAUUUAAUAUGCACAGGCAGGCAGGUGAGUCAGGGGUCGUAGGGACAGGUGUCGUCAUGGAAGAGCUUCCACGUGUAGCUAUGAGAGCUUUGAAGGGCUAGGGAUUUAUGCAAGGGAGUUUGUGUCUCAGGCCUGGUUGGCUCUUCCGGUGCCUUACAUAGCUAAGGGUCCUACGGUCUUACAGUCUUACAUGUCCUGCAGUCUUAAUGCUUUCGGGGUUUGUUUGGGACAGCGCCGGGAUGAGACCUACGGUCUCUUGGUAUUGGCCGAUUCUCGGUCCAUCAUAUGUCCCCCCGUAGUAAAGGAGCCUUCUUUAGGAGGCUUUGAUUAGGUCUAGCGAAAGGUGUACAAGCGUCUUCCUGUGGGAAUUUGUUUUUUGUUUUGUUGUUUGUUUUUUUUUUUUUUUUGCCGUAUAUUGUAUAUUUCUGAAGUUUCGUUCGUUUCGUUUCUUUUUUUUUUUUUAAGAGGGGCGCGUAUCUCGAGGGUUAGUGGGAGGGGCCCGCGAAGGCCUCUAUUGUGAGUGCCUCGGGAAGUGAGCGGGUUUUUUGUUGUUUAAAAGGGGGUUGAUGUUAAGUUAUAAGUUAACUUGGGCUUUCAAAACAAAAGAUAGUGGGGUGAGCAGAGGAACCGUCAAGUUUUCUUGUCUGGGGCUUCGAAAGGGCUUCAAAGAGGGUUUUUUGCUUGGAGGUCGUACGCUGCUGUAUUUCUACUUACGGUGUUAUUGAGAGAUCAACCAUACCCCGUCGGAAUGAACAAGUCAAGGAUACUCUCAUUGGCUCAAAGGCGGGCGUUAAAGGGGGAAAGCGACAAGGAGGGAAGUUCUAGUGGUGUUCAAACAGGGGAGAAGGGAAUAGGUCCUGAAGGGGCGGUGACUUCGACCUUGGCCUCUGUCCUAGGGGAGAAGCGGAUUCCUCUCAAAAGGACGAGAUUCGAGACGGCAGAGGGAAGUGGUAGGAGGCUUCAACUGGGCGAGUCUUUUGUUUCGGGAGGGCGUAAAAAGUCUGAGAUUUUAAAGGAGAAGGGAACGGGCGAGACCAUCGACACGAAGGAGGUUGAGUCGGUGUUGAAAGGGUCUUUGUCUUCACCAGCUGUGCAGGGGGAAAAACGUACGCUUCUUCGGUUCCAUACUGGGCCGGGAUGGCUUAGUAAGGUUCCGGGUCCUACGGCUCCUGUGGGAGCUUUGGGAAUUUUCGAGUUGGGUCUAGAUCAAGGAAUAUUGGAUUCAAAGGGGGAUGAUGAGGUGGUUGCAGGCGUUAAGGACGCUCUUGGGGUGCUAGGGACCUAUGUCAUGAACUUGGUGGAGCGUACGGAGAAGAACUAUGAUAAGGUAGCUGUCGAAGUUUCUAGGGCGGAGUCUAAGGAAAGAGAGAGAGUUAGAGCGGUGAAGCGGGCUGAUGAGUUGCAGAAGGCUCUUGUUGCUAAGGAUAAAGAGCUUAAAUCGGAGAAGGAUAAAGCGUGUUCCGUGGAAAAAGUUGUGGAAGAAGAAAGGGGGACGAUUUCUCUUUUGAGGAAGGAGGUGGAAAAGUUACAGGAAGAGCUUAGGAAAGAAAAGGGGAGGGCCGAUAAAGCGGAGGAGGCCUUAGAAAAGGUGGAAAAGGAUGCAGCUAUUUCUUAUAAAGAUGCGGUCGAGCAAUUCAAGAAAUCUGAAGAGUUUGAGGAAUUGGUAGAGGUAAAGGCGGGGAUCUUUCAUGAGGAAGGUUUUAAUGAUUGCUUGGCUUUUGUUGGCGCAGGGAACGUAGUGGAUCUUACUGUUCACAAUGUAGGAAGCUUCAGGGCAGCAGAGUUAGACAAUGAGGAGGAGCGAUUCGGUGGUGGCCCGUAGACUGGUCAUGGGGUUUUCGUGUUUUGUUUGGUCCGUUUGGUUUUGCUUUUAGCAGAUAUUCUCGCCUACUUAGCGUUUCAUAAUGUUUUGAGAAAUGAUCUUCCUUUUUAUGGUAACUUUUGUGAAAUUUCAUGUCAACCGGAUUGUUUUGUUCAAGUUAGACGUGAUCAAGGAUAUUGUAAUGGAUGAUAUUUAAUAUCAUAUGAAGCUUAACUGUUAUGUUAUUGUGUUUCAUAA